GAAGAAGAUCUUUUUGAAGAAAUAAUAGAUGAGGAUUUAUCAAUGGAAUAAAAUCCAAAAUAAGUCAUCGAAAAUAAAUUAAAUCAAUAAGGAAAUGCAAAAAAAAAUAUAUUUGAUUUAGAUGAAGAUAGUUAAAUAAUUGGUUCUUCAGAUUCUCUUCCGAAAAAAUCUACAUAAAAAGAAGAAAAGACUAUUUAAGAUCCUUUAAUAAAAUAACCAUAAGAUAAAUCUCUACCAAUUAAAAACGCAGAUAAUAAAAAAAAAAAUGAUGAUGAAGAUGAAGAUGAUUAUGAUUUUUAAUUUGAUGAUGAUAUAGAAGAUUUAAGCAAUAUGAUUGGAGGUAAUAAUAAUGUGAACUAAUAAAAAGUCAAUCCCACAGCACAAUAAUAAGUAAAAAAAGAAGAAACUAAAAAAUAAAGUCUAUUUAAUUAUGACUUUAAAAUGGAUGAUGACGAUGAAUAAUAUAAUGAUGAUUUUGAAAUAGAAGAAGAACUACAAGAAAAAAAGAAUGAAGGAAGUUAACAAAGUAAAAGUAAAUAGGAAUCAAGUUAAAUGAAUUCUGAAUAAAUUAAACUUUAGGAAGAAUUUAACGAAUAAUAAAGACAAGAGUUUGAAGCUUAAAUGGAAUUAGUAAAUUAACUAAUUCAUAAAACUAACGAAUAUGUAAAAAAAACUCGCUUUGGCAGAUCGAAUUAAAUAAACUUAUCCAAAUUUAAUAAAUUUGAUUAUGUUUUGACUUUAUAUGAGGAAUUUAUGCAAUUAGGAAUGAGUUAUUAUUUCGAUUUUGAUCAUGGUGAUUAACUUUUAGAUUUAUUUGAGUUAUAUAUGACUUAAUAGGAAAUAGAAAAAGAAGCAGAAUAAUAUAUGUAAAAAAUACACGAAACUUAUUAUUCACACACUGAAUAAAUUUAAAUUAGUCCGAUGACAAAAUUAUAUUUCCCUUUCUAAGAAAAUCAAUUUGGAUUUUAACUUAUGGAAGUAAAUUAGGAAGUUCAAGCAAUUUCUUUCUUUUAUUUAGUUGAUUUAAGCCAAGAGGCAAUGUAGUAAUUGUAAUAAUUUGCAUUCUUUUUCUGUUAGUUAUUUUAAUUUGAAGGUUUUACUGUAUCUCCUUAAAAAGUUGAAGAUGAAACUAUUAAAAUAUUAUAAGUUUAUGACGAAGAAAUCUGGCUUUAAUACAUUCUAAUGCUUUUCCCAAUUUGCUAUGAAGAUUAUACUGCUUAGGUAGAUAUAAAAGUCAAUUAAAAUACUAUUGAAAGGGUAUUUUAUAUACUUACUUCACUUGAAUUGUUAUACGCAGAAAUAGAAAAAAAUGAAGAAGCAAUUUAAUAGAAGUUUUAAGAAAUAAUUUAAUAAUAUUAAGAUUGUGCAGAUAUGGGUAUUGUUAAUGCAUAGUUUGAAGAAAUUAAUAAUAAUACUAUUAAUGAUAUGCUCGCUUAAAUUAAGUUAAUUCUUUAAGAUAUGAAGUAAAAUAACAAAAAAAUCAACACUUUAGCAGCAUUUGAA